UCUCCUGCCAUUGCACAUAUCUGCUUGUGUGCAUCAGAUCAGAAUCUCAGCGUUGUAAAUGUCGGAAGCCCCGCCCAGGGUAUGUGCAGCGCUGACGUGCAUGGCCGCCUCACGUGACUCCUCUGGAAUGUUAACAAUGCAGUAAGUGUCCAACUUUGUACUGCAUUCUAAUUCCGCCGUGAGUGGCGAGAAAAUGGAGGACAAUCCCAUGAUUUUUACUCCGUGCUUUUUAUGAGAGGACGAAGAAAGGCCAACAAAUCUUUAGACAGAUAGUCCGCAACUUUACUGAAGUUUAAAUCAGUUCCUUGGAUUAAGGCACCGCUUAUUUCACAUGGCAAACAUGCAUACCAGACUGGGAUGGAAGAAGCAUGCAGACGUAAACCCUCACAUGUCUUUGGAGGAGGGGGAGUGUGAGCCUUGAAAGGGUUGCUGGGAUGUGAGUAGACCUGCAUCCAGCGCACACCAGAGCCAAAGAGGCAGCAGCUACAAAGACUAGCGACAACAGCAGUGCUAAUCUCCACUCACAUCUUUCUCACUGCAGCCUGUGUUAUCUAUUCAGGUCAGAUUGAGUCUGGUGUGAAGAGUUUGUGUGAGAGAAAACAGGCCAAGUUCACUCAUGAGGCCGAAGACGUUCCCUGCCACUCCAUAUGUGGGCAACACACGCCAGCGCCUGCAGGACAUCAAGGAGGGUCUGAAACAGCCAGCGAAGCUGGUGAGUCAGGCACUUCAUGGAGGCAGCUCUCGAGGAGAGGGUGGUCGAGGUGGAGACUCAAAGGGCAAAGACCAGGCUGCCAGACAACAGCAGCUCCGGCCGCCCCAGAAGUUUAACAACUACCAGAGUGCCCUCCGAGAGAUCCGCAAGUCUCUGAGGCCCUAUGCCAAUGAUUCAGGUCCAGGAUCCAGCUCCGGGCAUCCCGGUGAGGUCAGCAGACAGAUGCUACAGGAUCUGGUCAAUGCCGGUUGCGAUCAGGAAAUGGCAGUGCGUGCCCUGAAACAGACUGGUAGCCGUAACAUCGAGGCAGCAUUGGAAUACAUUAGCAAAAUGAGUUACCUUGAUCCUCACACUGAACAGAUUGUACGUGUCAUCAAACAGACUUCCCCAGGAAAAAGUGGCAUGCCAAAUUUGAUGGACCACAGGACAGCAAUGGAAGGCAGUGGGGAUGGUGCACUUCCCCCUUAUCAUCAAAUGGGAGCACCAUUGUAUGAGGGAGCUAGUUAUGGGGCUGAGGGUGAAAUGGCUCGGGCAUACAUGGGUGGACCACCUGUCAUGAACUACAUGCCACCGCCUGCCAACCCUUCACAGGGUGCUACCAUGGGAAACCCGAUGGGACGCCCUGCAAGUAUGGGUGCUUACUCCACAAACAUGGCUCCUCAAAAUAAUACUGGGAAUCCAAUGUACACCCCUGGUCCAGCCCAGCAAAAAGGAUACCCUAGUGGGAUUGACCAGGCCAUGAUGGGGUACAGUGUGUCUGGACCACCCAUGCAAAUCCAGUCUCAGCCCUCAGGAGGGCCUGGAGCACAUUAUGACUACAGGUCGCAUAUGAUGGAGAAUUCCAGCUACGGGGUCAAAAGAAGUGCUUCCUUUCAGAAUAAGAUGCCCCAACUAACUACAGAAAAUUAUGUCAAUAUGCCAAGCAAAGCAGCAAUGGGCCAAAAUGCUGGUGGCUAUGCUCCCAACUUAUAUCUGCCACCACAUUCACAUCCACGCCAAGCUAGCCCCACCUCACACCAGGUUCACAUGAUGCAGCGCCCCCCAGGUGUUGCCCCUGGAGCUAUGGGUGGGGAGUUCUCUGAUGUUCCUCAAGGCCUUCUCACCCCUUCCAGGGCCAGUUUAAAUCUUGACCUGUAUGAGCAUCACUGGCCAGGAGCUCAAGGUCCUGAGGGGACUCCUCCAGCCAGGCAGCCACAAGGGCCCUUCAGAGGGGAGGUACGCGUCCCCAGUCGGACCAAUUCUUUCAACAACCACCAAAAGGUGACUGUGAGGCAGACAUUGCCCCCAACAGCUAGUGUUGCUGGGAAGCCAGAGUCAUCUUUGGGCCCACCUAACACAAUAACUGCAGUGACCUCUCCACCAAUUCAGCCACCUGUUAAGAGUAUACGGGUCAUGAGGCCUGAGCCGAAGACAGCAGUGGGACCAUGCCAUCCAGGGUGGCUGAGUGCACAAUCCCCGGAAGCACAGGAUUCUCUUGGAUACAUCCCAGAUGAGAAUUUUACCCUGGAACCCAGUCAAGAACAUCGAUGCCCACCUCCACCUUACCCCAAAACACUGCUUGUGUCUGGAUCUGGACCUGAGCCUGCAUCCUUAGAGCCUGUAGCCAUGAGUGGACUUCAAGAUGUCAGUGCCACAGGUAGGACUAUCCAGAGUUCCUCGGUAGGAAAGCAGGAGGAAUCCAUCUUCAAAGACAAAGUGAAAAUGGGCAAAGGAGAAAAGGCUGUGAAGGAUAAGAAGCAGAUCCAGACAUCACCUGUGCCUGUACGAAAAAAUGCCCGUGAUGAAGAGAAGAGGGAGUCUCGUAUUAAGAGUUAUUCUCCAUUUGCCUUUAAGUUCUACAUGGAGCAACAUGUGGAGAAUGUGAUGAAGACAUACCAGCAGAAACUUAAUCGCAGAAUGCAGCUGGAGCAAGAGAUGUCCAAGGCUGGCCUUUCAGAGGCUGAGCAGGAACAGAUGAGAAAGAUGCUUUACCAGAAGGAAUCCAAUUACAAUCGACUACGACGUGCCAAGAUGGACAAAUCAAUGUUUGUCAAAAUCAAGACACUCGGCAUUGGGGCCUUUGGUGAGGUGUGUCUAACCCGAAAAGUAGACACAGGAGCCUUGUAUGCAAUGAAGACUUUGCGAAAGAAAGACGUUCUUAACCGAAAUCAAGUAGCCCAUGUUAAAGCUGAACGGGACAUUUUAGCAGAGGCUGACAAUGAGUGGGUAGUCAGGUUGUACUAUUCAUUUCAAGACCGAGACAAUCUGUAUUUUGUCAUGGAUUACAUUCCUGGAGGAGAUAUGAUGAGCUUGCUGAUCCGUAUGGGAGUUUUUCCAGAGGUCUUAGCCAGGUUUUAUGUGGCAGAACUGACACUGGCAAUUGAGAGUGUGCAUAAGAUGGGUUUCAUCCACAGAGAUAUCAAGCCAGACAAUAUCCUCAUUGACCUGGAUGGACACAUCAAACUGACUGAUUUUGGUCUAUGUACGGGGUUCCGAUGGACUCACAACUCAAAGUAUUACCAAAAAGGGAACCAUAUCCGACAGGAUAGCAUGGAGCCAAGUGACUUUUGGGAUGAUGUGUCUAAUUGCCGUUGUGGUGACCGGCUGAUGACUUUGGAACAGAGAGCAACUCGACAACACCAGCGCUGCCUGGCGCAUUCUUUGGUGGGCACCCCUAACUACAUUGCCCCUGAGGUGCUUUUGCGCAAAGGAUACACACAGCUGUGCGACUGGUGGAGUGUGGGAGUGAUCCUGUUUGAGAUGCUGGUUGGCCAACCACCCUUUCUUGCUCCAACCCCAACAGAGACGCAGCUUAAGGUGAUAAACUGGGAGAACACUUUGCAAGUGCCACCACAAGUAAAACUAAGCCCAGAGGCAGUCGAUAUUAUUGGCCAGCUUUGCUGCUCUGCUGAAGAGCGUCUAGGAGGCAAUGGGGCUGGAGAAAUAAAGGCUCAUCCUUUUUUUUCCGAGGUGGAUUUCUCCAGCAAUCUUCGGACACAACCUGCACCAUAUCGACCAAAAAUUGCCCACCCCAUGGAUACAUCCAACUUUGAUCCUGUUGAAGAGGAGGGAGGCCCAGGCGCCUGGAGUGAUAGUGGGGAUAGCACCCGCACUUGGGACACCCUCUGUUCUCCUCACGGCAAACACCCUGAACAUGCCUUCUAUGAGUUUACUUUCCGAAGAUUUUUUGAUGAUAAUGGUUGUCCAUUCCGUUAUCCCAAACCCCUAGAGGCGACACAAAGCCUGUCCAGCAGUGACGGGGCCGGCAGCCUGAAGCCUGAGCUGGAGGAGGAAGAGGCCCAUGAAGAGGAAGAGCAAGGGGAAGGGUGUGAGCCGGUUUAUGUGUGAAAACGUUGGAUUGGUUGUUCAUGCUGCUCUGCCUUUACCCAUGGAGGACCUCACCAGUUAACACGCUGCAUCUUCUCUACUUCCUUUCAACACUAUUUUUUCUUCAGGGUGUUGCCUGAAAUGCUUGGAAGAACAUCAGAAAUUUAGUGCAGAAAGUUCCAAGUAAAAUGUGUUUAUUCCCAUAAACCAUUAUGCAGUAUCAUUUAAAAAUGACUGAAGCUCUGACCUGGGACCAAGGAAAUACACAAGACCUGCAGCUGCAUAUGGACGUUGAUGUGACUGAUACUCUUCUAUGAGAGCACAAAAACAGAGAUGUGUAGCUGUUGGUCUGUGGUUUGACGUUUAAACCACUCUACUCAUGGUUAGUGUGUUGUGUGUCAACCGUGUCCUAUUCUUUUAUUCCACUGGGAGAAAGAGUCCCAGUCUUACGUCAUAUGUUAACACAUCCCUCACCUCUCUCAACCUGGUGAUGCUAACAUUCCAAACACCCGAGAGUUUAUGGUGAAGGAUUACAAGAGUGCUUGGCUUGGGAUGGUAGCUCUGUGGUUUAUUUUUAAAAGUUCAUAAUACCAAACUGAAUUUUAUAGCUAUAAAUCCAUAAAUGUGCUGUAAAACCUAUUUUUUUCUGCGGUAUUGAAGCCAGAUUUGGAAUUAUAUGAUCUCAGUCUUUUUUUAAAGCGAGCAAACUUUGUUUUAGAGGAUUUUGUGGCGCCACCAAGUGGUUCAGAGUGACAUUGUCAAGUGUCUUCUUUUCGAAGAUGUAAGUCCUAUAUUAUGGACUGACAGUAUUAGGUCACUUCUUCAUGCAAAGUCUGUCCAAAAGACCAUGCAGGAUUUUGCAGUUAAUAAUUAAUAAUGACAAUAAAUUAUUAAUUAAUUAAUAAAAUAGUCUUUUGUAAAUAUAAUACAGUUAUCCUUCAUUUAUGUUUCAUGCCUAACGGUGCUCUCAGUCAUGACACAAUAUUAAAAUAAAAUGUUUUGAUGUACAGGCAGCACUUCAUGGACAUGGGAUCUUAAAACUCCCAUUAUUACAAUUAUUAAAGGUUUUUAAAACAUACUUCAAUUGUCUAAACAACCGCCUGUUACUUGAGAGCUGAGGCUAAGCAUAAGUAUAGUCAUUAAAUACAUAAUGCCACAAAAAAACGGAUAUGAUAUGAAAAUAUCAUUCACAAUAUGAAAAUGUAAGAGGUAAUUAACACUCUUAAAUUGUGAAUAUUAAAAGGCCUAAAUCCUGCUUAAUGUUUGCUUACCAGUUGCAUUGCAGUUUUAAAAUUAGUUAUUUUUGCUUAGUUGUGUUAUAUCAGUUGCUGUUUCAUUCAGGUGGUAUUUAAAUUCAACAAGCAUUUACCUUGCCUGGCUUGAUUUAAAUAGUUUCAUUGUUUUAAGGCUUAAUGAUUUCGUUCCCAAUAGCUGCUUACAUUCAUCAGCUGCUUGCGUGUGUAUCUAACACUUGCAAGACACAUCGUUUUGUUUUGAAGUGUGUUUUCUCAGACCGCUGCAGUUGGCUAUCCGGAACAAAUUAUAUAAAUUAACUCCAAGAGCUGAGGCUACAGCUAUAUCCUUUUCUAGUUAUGCAAAAAGAUUAUACGCCUUUCAUCACAAGUAACUCUGUUUUUUUAUCUCAGAAAAUGUAUCAUAUUUCCCACCUCAUCUUAAUUGCAUUUAGUUUCAUAAGAAGAUCUUAAAAGUCAGACGGGUGGUUUUGUUGUGUGUGUUCUUGCUUAUCCAGAUCCACUGGAAAUGAUCUUGUCUGUCACUAUCAGUGAACUUAUUUUAUUAUACACACACACACACUCACAAAUGUAAUCAAACAAUUGCAAGAUGUUUUGUCAUCAAGGCUGCUCACACAGCACAGUAUUACAACAAGACAGUCUAUGACUGAAAUGUAAAAAAUACUUUGAGGCAAAAACUUUAACGAAAAUGGUGAAAGAUAGUUACAAAAGAAAAAUGUAUCUGAUGGUAUAACUAUGUGCAAUACAGAAAUACAUUAUAUAGUUUUCUAAAUACAACAAAUAGCCUUUAUAACUUCAAAACUGAAUUAUGCUAUCUAAAAGUAUAUAUUCUAUUGAUUUAUAUCUAUUUUCAAUAUAGUUUCAUGACCCAAUGCUGCUUAUUGUUAUUAAUAUUACACUAUAUUAUCAUCAACCUUUCAAUUAUACUUUCUCUUUGUGUAAAAAGUGUGGUUUUGAUUGUCAGUGUGAUUGAUCCGAUGUAAGACGAACUGUGUGCCUUCUAAUGAAUGUGUGGGUGUGUUUACCACGUGCUGAUCAGUAUUUCUGGAAAGAAUGGAAAUGCCGUCAUUUCUUGCACUCAGGCCGGUCCUGAACGUAAGAGGCGGCAUUUGGAUGAUAGCUGGAGAAAGACGAAAAAAAGAGUGAAUGAUUGUCAUUGAGACUCUGAAGGAGAUGUAUUUGGAUGUCGUAGCAUGGUGGAUAUGGAAACACAUUGUAUGUGAUUGGUCAGUGAUAAGGAUCCCUAAUAAGUCCAUAUAAUAAUGUUUAAUCAUUUGUAGUGAAGCUUGAUUGAAGUCAGUCAAACUACCCUGUAUGACGUCUGACUGGAUGAGUUUUAAAGUAACAGCCAGUGAUGAUCCGCUUUUAUAUAUUGCUCACUCCUAAAAGUCACAUAAAUUCCUAAAAAUAUAUUCAAUUCAGACUUGUACCUAAAUUGUCAUCAUGUUUUUGGUUCAAUCAGAGUAGAAUGGAGUGUGACAGCAAGUGUUGCAGAUGCUUUGCUUCCCUGUAUUUGUCAGAUUGGACCACUCAGUGAAAAGGCAUGAGCUUUCUACGAAUCUCUCACAGAGUCAGGUUUAGGGUUUGAAUGUAAUGCGUGUGUUGUGCUGAGGAUGGAUUCUUUGUUUUACUUUUGAAAAUGUUGACUGACAAUCUUUGACUGUGUUUGGAGCUGUGUGAUGAUGGAACUUUUUUCCUCUAAUGUAUGUUUUUGUAUUUUAAGGAAUGAAUGGGUUGGGACUUUUUGACGUAACCUUUAACUGUAUUAUACAAUACUGUUACUAUUGAACAUAUUUAUACAGAUAUACAUAUUUUUUGUAUUCUUUUAUCCUUAUUUUUCCUCUUUUCUGAGCUAACUUUUGAACCCUUGUGUCUACAGUAUUACAGACAGUAUGCAUUUGGAUUUAUCUCAUUUUUUUACACAUAUGUAUGAAUUGAGAAUGUUUAAGAAAUGCUUUUGCUGUCUUCAUGUGUAAAUGUAUAUGUCUAAAUUAAAUUAAACAAAUCAUUCUCUUGUU